AAUCGUUCAGCUUAUUUAUUGGCAACAAGUUGCAUUGGGAUUCAGAUAUUUAAAAUUUUUAUCGACGACUAGUGUCGGACAUAAAUAAUGAUCUGCAGGUACCUGAUACUCAAAUAUCAAUUUCAGGAUUGCAGACUGUGGCUUGCCCAAGUUGCUUGAUGAAUGACAAAAAGACUUAUAGCUGAAAUCAGCGCACACGCCCGAUCAAAUUUGAAACGCUCGCAAUGCAUUGGCAAGCGGGUCCAGGACUCGCGCUGCUGUGGCUGCUGCAAUGUUGCAUGCAACUGCUGGCGGAGAUUGCAUCGCACUCGCCACUGGCCAGCAAUCACAUUAUGAAGGGCGGCCAAGUGCCACAUGCUGCACCUGGGGGCAGCAGCUGUACGCAGCGUGCGGCUUACGAGCGCAUGCUGAGCAGCAUCGAUGAUGUCGAGGAUCUUUAUGUGGAUGUGCCCGUGCAUUUGGCGCUGGACUUGCGGCAAAAGAAACGUUUUGUGCUGAACUUGAACAACUCAACGCCACUGACGAUUCUCUUCUCACUGCCUGUGGCACGUCAGCUGUUCUACAAUCAGACAGCCAAGGUGCUGCGACUGGCUGCCGGCAAAGGCUCGAUGGGUCGUUUGGUCUUGCCCUGCGCUCUGCCGGGUCAAUACGAUUUGUUCGUUCAGGCGCGACUGCCGGGCGCUCUCAAGCUGGAGGCCCAGGCCAAGCAUCCGCAUCAGUCCUGGCCAAUGCUAAAUCGCACCCAUCGCUUGACAAUUCGCACACAGAAUCGUGUGCGCAAGCGUCAAUUGAUUGUCAAGUGGGAGCGUAGCAAAUUCGAUUACCAUGCCAUGCACUAUUGCCUGAUAGUCGAACGCGUUAGUUCGCAUACGAUCAGCGAGGGCGGCUUCAACAGUUUCUGCGAUGCGGUCUAUGCGUAUUCGCAGCUCCACUCGCGUUCGAACGCCGCUGGCUGCGCCCAUAGCAACAUCUUGGAUUUGAUCUGGUCACGCGCUUCGAAGCGCGUGCGUCACUUGAAUCCGCGCCACAGUCUGCACAUUGUCUGCACCGGCGCGCGCACGCAGCAGCAGCUGCGCGAUCUGCAGCCGAACAGCAGCUACCGCCUGCAGCUCUUUGGUGUGCAUCAGCGUCUGCAGAAUUUGACCUUCCUGCUGGGCAACACUUUGGUGCAUUUCAAUCGCACGCAUCCGACGGCGCUGCGGGAACAGACGCUGUCGCUGCUGAAGAUCGAUGGACUGCAUGCUGCGCAGGUUUACAGCUUCAAGGUGCCCACGGCCACGCCCAUGCCGCACUUUAUGCGCUUUCUGCUGCUCCCAUGCGCCGGCAGCGAAAUACGCGUCAAGCUGCUGCACCAGCACAAGCUGGUGGCCAAUGUCGAGAACGUCUACUCACCCACGUACAUUCGGCUGGCGGGAGUGCAGUCCGGGCAGCGCUAUCUGGUGCGCUUCGAGCCGGGCAACGAGGAUGAAGCGCUGCGGGCACAGAAAGUCAGAUUGGCUUGGAGCACUGAGCGUGUGUUUAGAGACUUGCCGGAGUUGCCGGAGAAUACGACAGUGUUUGAUGUGCGUACUCGUUGCAAGAGCACGGUGAUUGCUUGGCAUGGCUCACCAGACGAGCGAGCAUUGAGCUAUUGCGUCAUAGUUUUUACGCUGCCACAGCGCAGCAGCGUGGACUAUACAAACUACUGCAUGGAUUUCUCAGCCAAGAGUUUGACGCAUCAUGAGAACUUUAAAUUCAUACGCUGUCGUGAAAAGCAGGCAAACAACGACAAGUUGGAAACGGAGUCGAUACUCAGUCUGACGCCUGGGGAUAGCUAUUUGAUAUAUGUAACUGCCAAUUUGAGUGUGGGCAAGCCGCUGCCCUAUCAGUCGCUCACCGUCCACAUGCGUACGCAAUGCAUUGAGCUGGAUGCGCAUGAUCAGCCCGAAUACUACUAGGCGUAUGCGUAAUGUCGCUGCUGCUGCUGCUGCUGCUUUCUAUCUAAACUAUCCGUCGUUGUAAAGCUACCUAAUCCACUAUAUAUAACUAUGCGGGUUUUUGCGCUAAGCAUAAAAGACUAUAAACUAUUAGUAAUAUGUGCGUGUGUGUCUAUGUCUGUGUGUGCGUGUGUGUGUGAGUUUUGCAUUUGCCAAAACAAAU